GCUUCAGUCAUUUCCCGUUCGACAGGUUUAGGUUCUGCUCCAGCUCUGUAGGGACACAUUGUGCUUUUGCCUCACAAUUGGAAGCACGCUCAGCGGUGCAUUUUUGAGAAAAAAUAUUAAGGAGUUGUUUUUUGAUGACCAACGAAGAUAUUUUGCAAAGAAAAGGGCACACAGACAUACAUGACUAAAAAAAAAAAAGGUUUGGACAUUAAACACGCAAUGAAUAUAGAAGGAAAUAUUGAAAAUGGAUUGUCAUUCCAUCCAGACGGUGACAUAGAUGUGGCUCUAGUUAUGGAACCCCGGCAUGCUUGCAUGAAGACAUUUGUCAAACGCCUCGCCUCUGGAACAGUAACAAUUGUUAUUUACACCGAAAAGAAGGCCUACAAACCAGGCGAAGGCAUCCAAGUCAUUGUUGAAGCCAUCAACCGGUCGACUUGCUCGUUGAUGCUCAAGUACAUAUUGCAACGGAAGCAAAGUCGGAUUUCCCCGGGUAAAAGGAUAACUGGCGUGUGUCCAAUCGCUGAGAAAGUUGCCAAGCGUGUUCGGGCCUACAGCAGAAGGAUGAUGCUCGAUGUGAUCACCAUCCCGAGAGGGAGCCCUCCCACCAUCUCCAUGGGUUCACCCAUUGAACUACACUACGAGUUGAAGGUCUGUGUGGAUAUGACUGGCUCAAACUCCGCUUACCUCAGCUGGCCAAUAGUUGUGCACCCCAGCAGUCUACAUUCCGCCAAACGACAUCAACAGUCACUCAAUGCUUUAACUCUGGGAGAUGUUCUUCAUCCAAUCCCAAACCAGCAAAAGCCGAGACCUGGAAAACCACCACGAAAAGCCAACUCUAUAGACUCGCCUCCUCGAUUUUGAAAUUUUUAACUACAAAACUAAUGAAGGUGGGAAACUAUCCAUCCAUCCAUUUUCUGUACCGCUUUUCCCCACGGGGGUUGCGGGCGUGCUGGAGCACCCUGAACCGGUUGCCAGCCAAUCGCAGGGCACACAGAGAUGAACAACCAUCUGUACUCGCAACCACACCUAGGAGCAAUUUGGAGAGCUCAAUCGGCCUACCAAGCAUGUUUUUGGGAUGUGGGAGGAAACCGGAGUGCCCGACGAAAACCCACACGGUCAUGGGGAGAACAUGCAAACUCCACACGGUGGAAUAGAACCCCCACCCUCCUAACUGUGAGGCGGACUUGCUCUCUACAAUAUUUAUCUUUUGCAUGAAAUUCAUAUAUUGGAUGGGAAUUUAAUCCAAGGAUGUAAUAUGAUAAAUGCUCAUAGAUGGCAAUUGCUCGUAAGUGUAGGUGAUUUAAUUAAGUGUAAGCAAACAAAUUGCAACCUAAUGGCUAUAUGUAUUUUUGUACAUUAUAUUUAUAUUUUAUAUUCAUUUUCGUGUGUGUGAGUGUAUCUAUAUGUGUAUAUAUUCAAUACAUUUUUAUUCAGGUAUUUUUAUUUUUUAAUGUAUUUUCAAAAUUGAACUCUAUGUUAUGAUUUUGUUAACUAGUAUACUUAUUGUUGAGGCCACUGUAAAGGAGUCGUACAACAUACAGCUGUAUAAAUUGAAACUGAAAUAAAUUGAUACUCUUCAAACUCUC